GACAUUUAAUGUGGUUCUAAUAAGGGUACUACUUACUUGCAGAGCAAGUAACGCCAAUGUUAACCACGCGGUGGUUAGGCAAUCCCCGAAUUAUGAGGCUUUCCGGAGGCGAGGAGUGGUGGAUUUUGAUGGGGGACCGCUCGAAGGAUGCUAGUGAAGUAGAGAAAUGGCUGGCGAAGGUCUCGUGCACAUUGACUGAAAUGAGGGCAGAUGAUGAAGAUCGGGUACUACUGACAGUAUCCCUGUUCCGGGAUUCAGCAUACAAUUGGUGGUGCAACCUUCCAGCUACUCAGGAAGACCCACCAACUAUCACUUGGCCAGAGUUGGUGCGGGUGUUCCGGGAUCACUAUGUACCAGAGGCCUAUCGACUGAGCAAAAAGAGGGAAUUUUUGCUGAUCAAGCAAGGAUGGGGCAAUGAAGGAGAGGAGGGUGUUGCAGAGUACACCUCCAGGUUCGAGAAGCUGCUGGCUUAUGGGGGACCCCAGUUCCAGGGUGCGGCAUCUCAACGUGCCCACUAUUUGGAGAGUCUGAAGCCUGCCCUUAAGAAGCAGUUGAGCAUGCUGGUAUGGAACAGUCGGGAGGAGAUUUAUCAGGCGGCUCUUCGGAUAGAGAGGGCUGACACAGCUAUGCGUGAAGAAGGGAUACAGCGAGAAGGAAGCAACAGAAAGGCAAGUAGCAUGCCAGAGUGGUCUGGCCAGCCCAGUCAGUACAGAAGGAGGCCGAGCCAAACCGUUAGCUUUGGGGGUACUCAGAGUCAAACCAGCUCGGUUCGGCCUGGUCAAACUUUUAGCAACAGAGGUCUCUGCAACCAAUGUGGGCGGGAUCACUCAUGGGAGUGUAGGCAGCCCCCCAAGGUCUGCUAUAACUAUAACGAGCCUGGGCAUCUCGCUAGAGAAUGCCCCUGGAGAUGCGGACAAGGGAUGGCUCGGUCCGAGCAGUCUGUCCGGGGUGGUGGAGCGAGGACUCACGCAGGACCACGGUUUGGUGGCCAGCCAAACCGCUCUUUCCAGAGCCAGGGAGGACGCGCUGGGCGCUUCGACUGCACCGAUCGGGACAGAGACCAGGGGCCUCCAACAUGAGCACAACCGAGGGUAUUUGCCAUGCGAGGGAUAGAGGGAGACAGUGGUGACAGGGGGGGGGGAUGAGCAAGCACAUUGAUGUGAUCACGUGAGGAAAUGGGGAGACUGAGGAGGAGUAUUUGCUUUAAGCAUAGACCGCUAGUUGGUUGUUUUCUUCGAUCGACGCACUUUCAGUUUAAGUAUUCGGUACCAAACCUAUUAAAUAAGUUCGGACCAAAAUUUCAAGGUCAAAAUUUUUUUCAAGGGGGAGGGAAAUGUUAUAUUCUGGCUUGAGAAGGUUUAGGCAAACACCAAAAGUUUUAGACCAAGUAAUUAUCUUUCCAGUUCCAAAUUUCGAGGUACCAAGUAAUUAUCUUUCCAGUUCCAAAUUUCGGGGACGAAAUUUUUGUAAGGGUGGAGGAAAUGUAACACCCCGGUAUUUUAUAGUUAGGUUCGACUUUAAUACGUGAUCGGUUGGAUUGACGGUUACGUACUAAGAGUUACAAUCGCGGAUUAAGAAUAAUAAUAUUAUAAAAAUAAUAUUAUAUUAUUCUUAUUAUUAUAAAAUUAAUUAAUUAUAUAUAUAUAUAUAAACGCAAGAGGCCGCGGGGGCGGCCCAACCCUCACAAGUCAAGGGGCGCAACAGACUCCCCUCUCCCCUCGUUUCUUUUUCCCACGGCAAUUCCAAUUUGGCUUUCCCAAAAACCACGCCGCCCAAAAAAACCCUUCUCCGGCCAGCCAUCCUUUUCAUUCACUAAAACAAACAGAGGAAAGCGAGCAGCAGCAACCUUUGAACGAAGGGACCACUCUCCUUUGCAACAAAUUCAAGGUACGCUUCACAUAGAUUCCUCCUUCCCUUUCCGCAACAAAAUAAUCGAGUCGCCGCAGGUUGCCCUAUUCUUCUCACCUGCUUCUCCCUCUGCCGCCCCUGUUCCCGAUCCCGAUCUCAUCCCUUUCGCGGUUCUAGGUAAGGAUCACGAACCCCAUCGCGAUUUCUAAACUCGAUUUAUCGAUAGUCUAAUCCGAAGCUCGUAUUUUAUUAGCGGUGACGUUUGAGGGUUCGAUCAACGAGGAGAUCAACGUCCCAGGUCAUCCAACCUAGGCCUAGGCACGUUCUAGAGGUAAGGGAACUCAAUCCCUUUGAGUUAGAUCAAUCGAUUUGGUGAUUUUUCGUGAGGGUGCAAUUCUGAGGUUUUAGCAACAGACGUUCAGGCUUUUAGUGACAGAUUUUGGGUGGUCACUAAAGCUGCUGGGGAUUUCCAGAAACGUAUUUUUAGAUAUUUUAAUUUGUUUCGAGCCUCUCUGAAGGUUGUUUUCUGGAUCUAACAAUUUUAUAAAUUGAGCGACGUCUAGGAGAUGAUUGUAAUUGAAUUUGGGAAUUUUUGAAGAUGUAUUUCUAUUUUUUAGAAAUUGUUCUUAUAUUCGUUUUAAUUAUAUAAAAUCUUUCCGAGGGGUUUUUAAGGGUUUGAUAAUAUUCCAUGGUAUAGGGACACAUGAUUGACAUGAGAAAAUUAUUAUCUGAAUUUUUAAGAAGGUUCUAGUUAGGUGGGAAAUUCGUCCAAGAUAAAAAUAAUUAAGAAAAAUGGUCGUUUUGAAGGGAUUAAUUCUAGAAAAUUGUAAUGGGGGUUAUAGGACCUUUGGGAUCAGGUUUAAGGACUGGAGUUUGAGGAGAGGAUGUUCUAGUGAUUCAAAAUGGGUUUUAAAUCAAGACAGGUCGUCUAAGAAAGUGGAUUUUUAUUA